CCUGACAAAAGAUUCCAAGCGGCGGCGCCCAUUGCGCAACUGGGAAGGCGGGCAACGCAACGCGCGGGGCUGGUCAGCCUCAGAGCGCGGCUGCUUGUGGAGCCUGUGCGGAGAGAGCCAAGCCUCCCUUUCAGGUGGGGGCCCCGGCCGGGCCGGCGGGGGGAGAGAGAGAGAGAAGGAGCGAGGAGGGCGAAGCGCCCGCUGCAUCCUCCUCCAGCCAAAUUAGGCUCUAACCGCCGAGUUCACUUGGCGGGAGCGGGGCCAGGAGGACAAGCACGCGGCCACCGAAGCCACACGGGCGAGGAGGAGGGAAGCGCGCGAGCCGCCUGUUGAGGCGACAGCAGUAGCAGCAGCAGCAGUAGCCGCCUCUCGUGCCGGCGAGGUGCCUGAGGGAGGGAAGGGUGCGCUCCCGCCGGCUCCACAGCAGCAGCGCCGGAAUAAAAAGCGGCGGCGGCGGCGGCGGCGGCGUCUCCCUCCCUCCUCUCUCGCUAACUCUUCUCCCGCCGCCUCAGCGCAAGCAUGCGAGGAGCAGCCCCUCGCGGCGGCCCGGAGGACGAGAGGGUGGCGGCAGCAGCAGCAGCUCCUUGAGGCGCCUGGGGCUGAGGGGAGUUCUCCCGCCUCGCCGCCGGGAUGUCGGCGCACAGCCUGCUCAACAGCGUCUUCUCCUGCUCGUCCUCGCCGGCGCCCGGCGCCUCGCCCUCCUUCCCCCCGAAGAGCCUCUCCAAGCGGAGGCUCCGCCAGACACGCAGCCUGGACCCGGCCGUCAUUGGCCGCGGGGAAGAGGCGGCCGACGGCUCGCUCCGCGCUCCCCGGGCCAGGGCGGUGGCGGCGGCGGGCAGCCCUUCGGCCGAGUGCUUGGCGGCCUUCUCUUCGCGCGCUCUGCUGCGCCCGGCCGCUCCGCCGACUCCGCCGCCGCCGCUCUCGACGCCCAGCACCCCGCUCGACAAGUCGCCGUCGGGCAGCUUCCACUUCGACUACGAGAGCCCUCGAGGCAAGAGGCACACCGCGUGGGAGCUGCCCUUCCUGGCGCGCGCGCCCUCCGCCUCGGCGCUCGGCAGCGUCCCCGGCGGCGGCGGCGGCGCCAACAGCAUCUUCUUCUCUCCCCGAAAGUGGCUCCAGCAGAGGAAAGGCCAGCAGCUGCCCAGCAGCCAUGCCUCCGCCUACGUCGUGUGGAAAUCCGAGGUAGACAACUGGGCUUUGCUGUACUUGGUCCACAGCUUCCCUGUUCAGUCUCAAGGCCUGUGGUCAAGGUCUGGGUCUGGGCGGAGGUCCCCCCAAUAAAAUAUUUGAGGGGUCCGCCCCCUCCCAAAGUUGAUAGGUAAAGGUAAAGGGACCCCUGACCAUUAGGUCCAGUCGCAGACGACUCUGGGGUUGCGGUGCUCAUCUCGCUUUACUGGCCGAGGGAGCCGGAGUACAGCUUCCGGGUCAUGUGGCUGGCGAACCAGAGCAGCGCACAGAAAUGCUGUUUACCUUCCCACCGGAGCGGUACCUAUUUAUCUACUUGCACUUUGAUGUGCCUUUCGAACUGCUAGGUUGGCAGGAGCAGGGACCGAGCAACGGGAGCUCACCCCAUCACAGGGAUUUGAGCCACCAACCUUCUGAUCAGCAAGUCCUAGGCUCUGUGGUUUAACCCACAGCGUCGCCCGCGUCCUAAGGUUGAUAGGCCAGUCAAAUAGUGUGCUUGUGCCGCAUCAGGUGACCAAUUACGCAGGGCGGGGCUUACCUGCCCCCCAUAUUUUAUUCAAGUAGGCAGCCCUGGGGCUGCCCACUUGCUGAGAGUGCCUUGGCUGCCCCCUCCCACUGAAUUAAGUACAGAAGGUGGGGGUCCAGGUCACAGGGUGAUGGCUUGGGGGCAGGGGUGCCAACUUGAAUAAAAUAUUGGGGGUCCAGGUAAGCCCUACCCCACAUGAUUGAUCACAAGACAUCGCGUACGCACACAAUUUAGAUGGCAAUGCCCACUCAUUUUGGGGGGAGCAGACCCCUCAAAUAUUUCACUGAGGGUGACAAAGGGACCUUGGCCUUCAGGAGUUGACUGCUAUGUUUGGGGGGGCACAGGCCCUCUCUUUGCAAGUUAACCACUUUUUCUUACACUUCAUGUCUCUGAUUAUGGAAUGGCAAGCAUGGACAGUAUUGGGGGCUGAAGAACUGUGAAUUGGGAAAUAUCUGUUUCCAAUUUUCUCUUCCGUGAACUCACUACGAUCUCUGGGAAAGCACUGA